GUUGAUCAGGCUGACCAAUUGAUCAGGCGCGAUGUAGUGGACGUUCCAGCUGAGGCCCCUGGGUUCGGACAGUAGCAUCUGUAUAGCAUACCAUCAAUGACCCUGAGAUGAGGCCACAGUUUGGCAUGUCAUGCAAGAGAAACUGCUUCCAAUCUGUAGGAGAACUGGUUCCUCUUUCUGAAGUGUUGCAGCUGCUCAUGUGUAAUUUCUGAUUCAAGCAAUGUCACUGUGAUGCUGCCAUCGGGAAGUGGAAGGGUAUGAACCCCACUGCUUCCCGAAUCAUCCACAGGCAGCACGGUUCUCCAGCACCUAUAAGAAAAUUGGGAACAAGCAGAAAGCCGAAGGACCGCAAGGUGUUCAACCUAAAUGAUGAGGAACCUGAGGAGACAAAGAGGAGAGUUAAAGAGCAGGAGCUUAAACCAUUGUACAUAGAAAUGCUCUACACCAUCCUGCAUCGGUUAGGCAAGCCCAGUCCGGAACACAUCAGUGACCGUGAAGAACUGUUCCAGUAUGUGCAGAAGGCCUUCAACAUAUCACAGGCUGAACAUCGGGAGCUGCUACUGAAAGUGCACAGUCUGGAGCCUCCAACUUCCUGCUUGAUGGUCACAGUAAAAGAAGCCAGUGGAAUUCUGGGAAAAGAUGUCAGUGGCUUCAGCGAUCCCUACUGCAUGUUGGCGAUUGUGCAGCCAUCUGACUAUCCUAUUGAGAAGAACUCCAAGGGGCACGGACCACUCUUCCACAAACCCAAGAAAGCAGUGGUGAAGAACACCAUCUCUGAGGACUUCAUCCAGCGCAGCAGCGUCAAGAAACAAACCCUCAACCCCAUCUGGAACGAGACCUUUGUCCUAGAAUUUGAAGAGAAUGUGGGUGCUGAGUUUCACAUGGACAUGUGGGAUAUGGAUGAAAUUGAGACGCUGGGACAGAAACUUGGGGAGAUAACAGACCUGCAUUCACUGAAGAGAAUCUUUAAAGAUGCCAAAAAGGGACAUGGGCAGGAUGACUUUCUGGGAAACGUUGUUAUCAAGUUGGAGGACCUGCACUGCACAGAGGAUGAGUGGUACAUUCUGCAGCCCCGCACAGAGACGCACCCUGACCGCGGGAAAUGCCACUUGCAGUUUAAAUUCAUCCACAAAGAGAGAGACACCACCCUUGGGACUGGCCAGCCUGCCUACACCACAUACUGUGGCCUCCUGAAGCAGUUUGUUCAGUACGACAUCUCUCAGCACCAGGAAGGCAGCUCAACCUGGAAAGGAGAGCUCUGUGCCCCAGCUCAGACCCUGCUGCACCUGCACGCCACCCUCAACAACCUGCAGCCCUUCUUGCAGGACCUGGGAAAAUGGCUGGCCUUCAGUAAACUAUACCAGAGUUUAGAGCUGGACUCGAACAUCCUACUCCACCAGCUCACAAGCAUCGAGUACCAGUGGACUAUGGAGGACCUCCCCUAUCAGCAGAAACACGAGCUGGCGGAUUCACUUCAGGCUUUCUUGCUCUACGGACUCUCGCUGGUUCGCAGGUUCCGUGACGUCUUCCCUCCCAAGUCAGCCCACCGCCUACAGUCCCUGCUGAGAGUGCUGGUCCAGAUGUGUAAAAUGAAGGCUUUUCCAGCGCUCAACCUCAAACACAUUGAGUUUCAACACAAAGCCACUGAAGCUCUUCAGGAAGGCACUAAGGAAUGGUUCAAAAUGAAGAAAGAACUACACCAGCCAAUGGUGAAGCAGAGUAUGGAGCAGUCUGUGCGAGCCCUGGCCAGCCUGGUCCAGGAAGUGAAGGAUGACCUUAAAGUCAACAAGGAGGUGUGGACCAAAGUGUUCUCCAGCACUGUUCAAGUGGAUGUGCUCACGGUCGUCUACCUGGAGUUUGAUGCCUUGCUGGCAGUGGAAGUGCAGGAGACUCUGCACAUCAGUACAGAGACACAGCUCUCUCAGGAGGUAGCUGACAUUCUCUACCCACUCUAUCUCAGUCUACUGGAUGUGCACAAAGCAAAGUCCUACAUGCAGAACAAGGACAAAGUGCUGGCUCUGACUGUGUUCCAUGUCAGGUUUAGAGAUGUGCUUCCCUGCUGGCUGCAGAAAGCCUACAGCACUGCACUGGAGAGGGUUCAGAGAGCCGUGCAGGUGGAUCAGCUGAAUCCCUUAAUUGAGAACAGCCCUUUGAUCAAGCACAGCUCCUCUGCCGUCGAUCUGGCCACAUGUUUUAUUCAGAUCCGCGAGAUGUGGAUUCAGCUGAACUGGCCUGACCCAGAGGAUGCCUUCAUGGUGAUGGUUAAGUUGACCGAGGAUAUGUGCAAAAUCACACUGCUGUAUUGUAAAAUGAUCAACCAACGGGCUGAGGAACUCAAAUCAGACCAUGGAGAUGCAGCCAGUAAGUUGUGUGUGGUGGUCAACAACAUAGAACACCUACGCUCAGUGCUGCAGAAGGUCCCUGACCAACUGGACUGGGCAGGGCUGAGGCGGAGGACAGGUCAUGUGAUUGAGGAGGAGCAGUUCCGGAACACCCUGUACGCCCAGCUGCAGCACACACAGGGAGUCCUGAACAGGCAGAUCUGUGAUGCCGUGCUCACCCUCGGGCACAAGCUCCGUGCAGAUAUUGAGAACCAAAUCCUGAUUCUGGCUGACAGCCACGGUCCCCUUCCCAAACCGGAAGAUGCUGUUGUCUCUCUGAUGCGGUUUCUGGAGCAAGAACUGCAAUACAUGAAUGAGAAUCUGGUGCAGGAAAACUUUAACAGCCUCCUGGCUCCCCUGUGGACCCAUGCCAUUAAGAUUCUGAACAGAGUUUCCCAGCAGCAGGUCUGCUCCCUAGUGUUUUACCAGAGGCUCCAGUAUGCACUGCAGUGUCUGGAGCAGUGUUUCCAUGGAGAGGGUAAUGGUCUGUCUCUGGAAACACUGCAUGCUGGGGAGUACAAGACACUGAACGCUAACCUGGAGCUGACCACGCUGAGCAGCCGGGAGCUCAUUCAGAAGUACCUGGAUCGGAAAGUUGCAGAGCAGAAAAGAUACAGUAGUGAGAAGUAUGGUGCAGUGACGUUGAUUGGAUCCUACAAGAGUGAAGAGCAGAAGCUUCACAUCGAGGUGCUGAACGCUGCCAAUCUCAUCCCCCUGGACUACAGUGGUACCAGUGACCCUUUUGUGCAACUGUCCUUGGAGCCCAGAUACAUGUUCCCUGAGGUGGAGACCAGGAACACCAAGAAGAAAAAGGCUGAGUUGAACCCACUCUUUGAGGAGUCCUUUGAAUUCUUGGUGUCCCCAGAGCAAUGUCAUGCUGAUGGAGCCUGUCUGGUACUCACCGUCUUUGACUACGAUACGCUGGGCACUGAUGACUUCGAGGGAGAGGCUUUCCUGUCACUGAAGACUAUCCCCGGUCUGAGGGAAUCCCAGGAACCUGCAAAAACCCAGCAAAUCAGACUACCACUCAUGCACCCCAAGCCCAAUGAGGACAAUAUCCUGAAGCUGCUGGAGUCCCGGCGCAAUGACAGAGAAGCCCAGGCUUUCAUCAAGCAGCGGCGCCAGAGAGAGAGGAAAUCUCAGGAGGUGUAGAGGAGAGGCGGGCAAGCCUCACCCUGCACAUCACCAAGGAGCUGUGCCCAGCAAGUUGUCAAAACACUCACUGAGUCUUGAGUGGAAUCAAAGAAAGAAAAUAUGUGCGCUAAUCAGGGCAUGGUAUUUACAGGUUUCACUUUGGACCAGAGUCUGGCCAUGUGAAAAUAUCAUUGAUGCAGUAAACUUAUCUAAUCACACUGUAUACAGGAUUCAGUUUAUUUUAGGUUUAGAAAUGUCUUCAUAGGAAGGAACAUAUAUAUUUUUUUAUUUAUUAAAAAAAAAGAAUAAUAAUUAUCCUGAAACUUCAUACAUUUUGUAACAAACAUCAAAGUUUGUCAUUAAAUUUAUGAAGUUUCUUUCAGUAUUUCUAAAUUGAGAGUUAUUGAGCGUUUAAUUGUUCGGGAUUUACUUAGAACGAUAACAUGUUUGCAUCAAAAUACUUGUCAUUGAAUGUAUUAUUUUAGUAUUAGUAAUAUAAUAAGUAGCUGUGAAAACAACGAUUCUAGAUGCAAUUUUUCAAUAUGCUUUGUGCCGCAUAUGUCUAGACAAGGCUGUGAAGGCAUGCUCUGCUUUUAAGAUGUCUGGCUCAAUUUUGUUUUGUUUUAACAAGGAACUGUUUUAUUUAUUUAUUUAUUCAAUUAAUGUCCUGAUUGAAAUAAAUCCAACAAGACGUUUGUUUCCCCAUCAAUAUACACAAGUACACUUUAGAACAUAAUCUGACCCCUCAAAGUACCUAAAUUACUUGUUAAUCUCUCAGCUUCUUGCCCAGCACAGCCCCCAGAUCUCAGUGGAACGUUGUCUUUUUCAUUGGGCACAUUUGCCAACCUGUCUAACCCAACUGCGCCACAAGGAAAAUGAGUCACCAUACAUAGACAAGCACCUCAACCAACAGCUACAAUUUAUCAUUUUGUCUGCUGAGAACUCCAAUAAGUAAAACCAGCAUCACAGAAAACAUCUGCAUAGAAGAAAGCUUGAUGUACAAGUUAAUAUUAUUGUACUAUCCACUUGUUGUUUCAUGGUGUGCAAACCCUUCUAGUCCUUACUGCAAUUACUCAAAUCCUGUGGUUUUUUGUCUUCUGUUAAGUCUGUGUCAAAGUGCAAUUACAAGGAAUUCAGGAGUUGCUCUUCAGUUGCCUGCUAUAGGGUAAUGAAGACUAGAUCAGACAACUUGUAUGCACCAGCACCAUCUAGUCCUCAACAGUGUACUGCCAGUAAGACCAAAGGAAUCACUUGAUGGCGUUGGCUCUUCUAAAAAGACAGUGAUCUAGCCUUAGUUACGCAUAUCUAUAGCAGGCAUACAGAGCUGAAGAACAGCUCCUGAAACCAAUUUGACAAGCAGACUAAACACAGUGUUUGAGUAUUCAGAACCACUCGUGAAGGACUGCAAUUACAAAACCGUAACGGGGCAGUUGCUGAUUGCUUACACGUGGUUUCACAAGGACCUGCAAUGUAUUACCUGUACAGUUUCGUUUCAUGACUUUUUUCUAAAUGGAAGUUUGUAACACAAGCUUCAAUAGACCUCAACACAACACCUGUUAGCAAAAAAUAGAUUUAUUUUCCUCUACAAAAUACAAAAACAUCAUUUUGGAACGAGUUGAAUUCAUAUAAAUUCCCUUCAGACAUAUCCAAUACAAAUGCUUAACAAGUAGAAGUACACUCACAUUUACAAAGAAAAAGAGAAUCUGAAUUUCAUGAAUGUGAAGAGGAGAAUUGAAUUUCCAUGGGGAAAGAUCAGACACAGAAAUCAAAAUGUGCCAUCAUAAAAUGAUUAGGAUUAUCUAUCAAAGCACAAGAUAUUUAUUUCACUUGCAAACUAUACACAGCAGGUAUGUUACAAAGUGGAAGAUCAUGGUUGCAAUUAAUGAUAGUGCUCUUCUGCCGAGUUGAAUUGUAUUUUUUACAUUGCCCUUACUGGGAGAAAUCCGUAAGAGGUCAGCCAGAUACCAGUGUACCACCAUAUUUGGAGAAAGGUCUAAGAAUAAAUAGCAAAGAUUGAUAGAUCUCGCACUGCGAUAAUAACCACUUUCUGCUGCUGACAACAUAAACCUUUGCCAUUUUAGUCCAGGAUAUCAAGUGAUGUGUUUGUUACCUGCUAAUAGUUACACACGGUGCUCCGAGUGCCAGCUACAGGAUACUGUUUUAGUCACCCUGUCACCCUCGUGCUGCACAUCCAAUAGCUACCAUUACAGGGCAUAUGAAAAAGGAAAACACAAAGUGCUGCAAUGAAAUACAGGUUUGGAAUGCAUAUGGCCCUUUCUUAAAGGAAAGGAUGUGGGGGGCAGUCCUCGAGGGCCGCAGGGUCUUCUGGUUUUCAUUCCAACUUAAGCUCUCAAUCAACAUAUUUGAUCUAAU